AGCAAACCAGCUACAGGGCUUGCUAACUUUCAGCUCUCUUUGCUACUUUAAAAUUUUACAUCUCUCACCGUUUGGGUAUGGCGUCCACACAUGCCAAUCUCGAUGCGGCCUCGGUGGACCGCAAAACGCGGCUUGCAAGGCUUGCGGCACUGAAAAGAAAACAACCAGAGUCUGAUGCGAAAGAAUCCGGUCUAAAAGAGGAGGAACAUUCGGAGGACAAGUCCGUCAGCAUAACCUCACGAUACCUUUCUGGAAGAAACUAUGACCCAGAAACACGAGGUCCCAAACUUGGCUUCGAGAACGCGCCUACGGAGGGGCAAGUCACCUUGGAGGAACAGGCAGCGAAGAUCGCGAUAUCCACCGCAGAGGCUGCCAAAGAGGAUGAGGAGGUGGAUAAACCUAUCGAUUUGUUCAAACUACAACCCAAAAAGCCGAAUUGGGAUUUGAAGAGGGAUCUUGACGCAAAGUUGAAGAUUCUCAAUGUGAGGACGGAGAACGCGAUAGCACGUCUUGUCAGAGAACGGAUACAGAAUGCGCAAAGAAACGCUAAACAGAAAACUAAGGCCGGCGACAUGGAUGGAGAAGAAAUAGGCAUCGAAGGCGAAGCCUUGCUGGAGGGAAUGCAUGCACGCGAGCGGGAAGAAGAGGAAGAGAGAAGGGAGCGAGCAGAAGAGGACUUGAGCUAGAACUCCACCGCCACAAACGACAUGGCGGAUCUUUUUGACGUCCUCUGCUUAUACGAGCUUUUACCGGCUGCAAUGGGAUGGAGCAUCGGAGCCAAGGCUACUCGAGAUAUCAAGAUGUCAUAGUUUCUAAAAGGAUAUAUGGUACAUUGUCGGUUGUUAACGUUAUAA